AAAUUAAUAAGAAACGAAAACCCUCAAUAGUUUCCCUCUCUCUCAAGACAGUCUCACUCACACUCAAAAACCCUAAAUUAAGUAAUACUAAUUAUUAGGUUUUUCCAAAAUUCAAUCAGUGGUUUAAUUUGAUUACAUGAAAGUUUAGAGACAUCGGAAAAAAUAAUGGAUUACGAUUAUGGACAAGAACGGAUUCAAUUCGAAGAAGACGACACUAACAACAUAAUACCCUUUAAUGGCGAAGAAGAAGAAUUAGAAGACGAUUAUUAUAACGGUAAUAAUAAUAAUCAAGCAAUUCAAACUCAAAAUGAGUUAGGCGGUGUCGGAGGUGGUGGCAAUGGGAGAAGGCAAUCAUUAGUUCAUAAUAAUCAGAAUUCUUCUUCUGAGUCUUCUCAAGGAAAGCUCUUUGUUGGUGGCAUCUCUUGGGAAACUACUGAAGAAACCUUCACCAGUUACUUUGGUAAGUUUGGAGAAAUCACAGACUCUGUUAUUAUGAGGGAUAAACAUUCUGGAAGGCCUAGGGGUUUUGGAUUUGUUACAUUUGCUGACGUAGCUGCUGCUGAUAGGGUUUUGGAGGAAGACCAUGUCAUUGAUAGCAGAGCGGUUGAAGUAAAGAGGACAGUUCCAAGAGAGGAUAUGGAGGUCAAAGGGGUCGUCAGAGCCAAGAAAAUUUUUGUUGGCGGAAUACCGCCAAUGUUGACUGAAGAUGACCUAAGGCAGUACUUUUCUGCUUAUGGUAACAUUGUUGAGUACCAGAUUAUGCUGGAUCAUAAAACUGGACGGUCUAGGGGCUUUGGGUUUGUCACUUUUGAUACUGAAGAUUCUGUUGAACAGAUUUUUUCAACGCGCAGAACACAUGAACUUGGAGGAAAACCGGUGGAGAUUAAAAGGGCUGUCCCAAAAAGAAAUUGCGGUGAUUUUAAUUACACUCCAAAGUCUCACGCGGGAUUCAGCAAUACUGCAAGUGGAUACGGCUCUGGCCAUAGUUCGGAGGGUUUCUAUGGUGGAAAAAUGGGCCGAGAGUAUGGUGCCUAUGGCGGAUAUAGUGGCUACAGUGCUUAUGGAGGCUAUGGAGGAGGCUAUGGAAAUGCCAAUGCCUUUUAUGCCGGCUAUGGUGGAUAUGGUUAUGGAUUUGGGUUUGGUGGUCCAAUGAUGUAUGGUGGUGGGGGAUAUGGAGGCAGCGGUUAUGGUGCCUCAAUUAUGUACAAUAACAGCAGUGCAGGAUAUGCCGGUGGUAAGGGAUAUGGAAGAAGCAGCGAUAGCGGUAGUUACGGAAAUGGUAAAGGAUACGGAAGCGGUGCUGCGAAUGGUGGUCAUGGGAGUAGUAGGGGAUCUGGAGGCAGUGAGAAUGGUGGUAGUGCUGGGACCAGUAGGUAUCAUCCUUACCAAAAGUAAAGCGUAAUAUUUUUAGCGCUGCGGCUAUCUUGACUUUGCCGACGACCUCCGCAAAUUGUACCGAGCAAGGAGGUUGAUCAGGUGAGGUAAUAGUUUUUGUAAUCUGAAAUAUGCAAAUAUUACAUUAUAGGACUGGAUUUUGCAGUGUUUGGUCUUAGGAUAAUUUUCUUUGCAAAGUGAGAUAGUGAGAUUAUUAGGGGGAAAACAAACUUGUUUAUUUACUGUAUCAUAAGUCAUUCUGCAUAUGCUUACUGAUUUUGCAUUGUUGCACAUGCCCAAUAGUAAUAGAGGUGAAGCUCAUUUUGAUCUGCAGAACCUGGCCAUGUCUAGUAAAUUUGCACAUUAAAAUGGUCUGUGUAUCUGUGGGUUUACGGUGGGCAUUCCAUGUGUUUUUUUUCUUUGCUAAAAGUAAUCCAAAAAUUGAAUUUAAAUCAUUAGAUCCUA